AUGGCUAUAUUGGAUUGCAGCAACUUAGGCAAUGCGAACAUCGCUGGCAGAGGAUAUUGGCCUGAGUGGGAACCAAUUUGGUACCGCAACCACACUUCUGUAAAUAUACCCCUUGCUACCAUCCUAUCUGGAAUUUCCCUUACGAAAACGCAGAUAUGCUACUUAUGUUCCAUUCGAAGCCCCCGUUUUGGUGUUAACCAAGAGCGUUGGCCUCAAAGUCCUGAUUUCAGCCUCCGCCUUUUGCUGGGGCUCUGUCACUUUGGGAAUGGAUACGACUACGCAUAUAAUUCUCCUGCUCUCUUGUACCGAGAACAGACACCGCUAGCAAUCCGAACAGCAUUUAUCACAAACUACAAAGGACUCUACGUCUGCCGCCUCCUGAUGGGCCUGUUUGAAGCAGGCCUGAUCCCCGCUAGUGAGGUAUACAUGGCCCUAGUCUACAAUCGCACCGAAAGAGGGCGACGCAUGUCCUUAUUCUACACGUUCAGCUGUCUUGCUAGCGCCUUCGGGGGUCUCCUCGCGUACGGACUCACACAAAUUCACGGGCCCAACGGUUUCGAAGGGUGGAGAUGGUUAUUCUCAGUGGAAGCAGCCAUUACCAUCAUUCUGGUGCCUCUCUUCUACUUCGUUUUUCCCAAAACCCCCGUUGAAGCUUGGUUUCUGACUGAUGAGGAGAAACGCAUUGUCAGAGCCCGCUAUGAUAAUGAUCCCCACUGGGCAUUCGAUGAGAAUUCCUCGUGGACUGAGCUCGGUAAAGUUUUUACUGAUGUCAAGUUCUAUGCCUUUUUUGUCUACCAAUUCUCUAUCAACCUGACGCAGUUUGGGUUUACUACCUUUUUGCCGACUAUAAUUUCAGGCCUCGGAUACACAUCUGUUCAUGCAAACCUAAUGACCGUCCCAAUCUAUAUCUCAGCUCUUGCAGUCUUUCUUGUCAUUGCCUUCGUUUCCGACCGUUAUGGUAGGCGGGGUCCGUUCAUGGCUGGGCCUACAAUGCUGAACUAA